AUGUCCUUGCGGACCUCUUCCGCCUCCCUGCUGUGCUUCUGGCCUCGCCGCAGAUAUCGGCCACACAUUUCCGGUCGCCGCGCCUUGAUAUCUGCUUUUAUUGCCGUUGUUGGAGCCUUUUUACUAUUUUACCUCUUUGCUGUACCUCAGCUCAAGAAAUUUCGAUUUCGUUCCGAGUUGAGCUGGUAUGAUCUUGGCCUAUACGGGUUCGGACCGUCACAAAGCUACAUAUCCUUUGAUGAGGAGUCUCCAAUCGUUGAAAUUUCCCCUGCUGGUGCACAAUGCGAUCCGCGAUAUACUUUUCUUGCGCCACGAGGCGACUCGGUGGCGCACCCGGGGCCUAUGAUAUUGGAUGCUAGCGGCGAGCUAGUAUGGACGAAAUACAGCUGGGGCACCGUUCAAGACUUCAGAGUUCAAACAUACAAGGGUCAGGAUUAUCUUACGUUCUGGCAAGGCGAUGAGGAAGAUGGGCAUGGCCGUGGCUCAUGGUAUAUGCUCGACUCAACAUACACUACCAAGCACAUUAUUUCUGCGGCCGGUGCCAUGAAUGGUGAUCUUCAUGACUUUCAUAUCACCGUAAAUGAUACAGCCCUGGUCACGAUUUACCACUCUAUCCCGGCUGAUUUGACGACUGUCGGGGGCCCGGAACUUGGAUGGCUCUACGAGGGCGUCUUCCAGGAAAUCGACAUUGCGACGGGUGAGCUGCUUUUUGAAUGGCGCUCAACCCAAUUCUUUCCGCCAGACAGCAGCUACGAGCCACUAAAUGACCGGGGUUAUGAACGAACGCUGGGCUAUGACUAUUUCCACAUGAACAGUGUCGACAAGGAUGAUCAAGGUCGCUACCUAGUCUCUGGACGGCAUACUCAUUCUGUCACUUGUAUCGAUGGAUCCACUGGCGAAGUACUUUGGACUCUGGGUGGGAAGGACAACGAAUUUUUCGAUCCGUCAGAUGGGGCGGCUACUGAAUUCGAAUGGCAGCAUGAUGCCCGCUGGCAUGGCCCUAGCCAAAUAACACUCUUCAACAAUGCUGCCAAUGGCGAUUACGACUUGCAGAAGGUUAGCUACGGCGCCUUGAUUGAACUAGACAUCCCCACUCGGCAAGCGACGUUGCUGACAAGCUAUGAUCACCCCCAAGAGCUGAUGGCGACCUCGCAGGGCAAUCUACAGGUCCUCGAUACAGGGAAUGUACUCGUCGGUUGGGGCCAUAGUGCUGCGUACACGGAGUUUUCUCCGGAGGGAGAAGUGUUAUGCGACGUUCACUUUGGCGCAUCGGUUUACUUCUCCUUUGGCCGAAUAGUUUCGUACCGUGUUUACAAAGGCACUUGGGUCGGCACACCAGAUGCCUUGCCUGACGCAGCCGUUGCUGGCGAUAGUGUCUUUGUGAGCUGGAACGGUGCAACGGAAGUUGUGUCUUGGCGACUUGAAACCUGGGACGGCGUGGGACUUGAAAACAUGGCGUUUACGACGGUUGACCAAGUUGGCCGUACUGGCUUUGAGACUGAGAUUCCACUACCACCCGAAAUCACCCACUUCUUCCGAGUCUGUGCCAUCGAUGCCGAAGGCAAUAUCCUCGGUAAAACGGAGAUCUUGAGUCGCAACGACUCCUCACCUAGAGGAGAGAUGCUCACGGGUCACUGGGGAGUGGUGGUUAUUGCCGUUUUCGCGUCGGUCUGUCUUGUGUGUGGGCUGUAUUGCGCGGUGAAUCGUCAUUUGCGAAGCAUCCGGACCGAAGCCAAUGGGCCGUAUCGAUUGGUCUCAUAUAAGGAUGAAGGGGAGACUGAGGCAGAACAUGAUCAUCUGCCGAUUUAG